CUUCGCCUCCGCGGGCCGAGCGGUCUCGUCAGCCCCUGAGCUCGGGCGUACCCCCUCACGAGGGGCGCCGUGCGCCUGCGCCCGGGCGGGGGCCGCCGUCUCGCCUCGGCCUUUCGCUCAAUUUUUUUCUUAUUUUCCCCUGGUGCGGCUGCCUGGUCGGCGCUUGCGCAGAGAAUUCAGCGCUGAGGUGGCCGAGGUGUCCGGAGGGGCCCGGCUGGGAGGACGCAGGACCCAAGUGUCUAAAGCCACAGGGGAAAAUGGUGGAAAAUUCACCGUCGCCAUUGCCAGAAAGAGCGAUUUAUGGCUUUGUUCUUUUCUUAAGCUCCCAGUUUGGCUUCAUACUUUAUCUCAUAUGGGCUUUUAUUCCUGAAUCUUGGCUAAACGCCUUAGGCUUAACCUAUUGGCCUCAAAAAUACUGGGCAGUGGCAUUACCUGUCUAUCUCCUUAUUACUAUAGUAAUUGGCUAUGUGCUUUUGUUUGGAAUCAACAUGAUGAGUACCUCUCCACUCAACUCCAUUCAUACAAUCACAGAUAAUUAUGCUAAAAAUCAACAGCAGAAGAAAUACCAAGAAGAUGCCAUUCCAGCAUUAAGAGAUGUUCCUAUUAGUGAAGUAAACCAAAUGUUCUUUCUUGCAACCAAAGACCUUUACACUAAAAGCUGAAUUGUAUGUAGACAUGCUAACACCAAGCAUUUACUUAUAAAUGUUUAACAUAAUUUUGACAUAAUUAUUUUGACCAUCUCUCUUACUAAUACCCAGUAUUGAGAUGUAAAAAAAAGUAAGUUGGUCUUCUAUUAGAGUAAGUUCAAUUAAUAUUGGAAAUGUUCUAAAGUAUUAGUUAUUAAUGGACAGAAUAAAUAAAAUAUUACAUUACCAUA